UGGCUCAAUCAUCGAUAGGCACUAUCGAUAGCGAUUUAUUUUUACAUACCACCUCACGCAAGUGCGAUUGGAUUUCAUUAUAAUUUGGAACAGGGAAUCGCGAAAAAUUAUUGCAAGCAUGGCCGAAUUGGACGAUUUCUUUGCGAAAAAGGACAAGAAGAAGUCGAAAUCCAAGAGCAAAUUUGUGACAGCCGAUGAGCUAGUGAGGAACCUAGAGGAGUGCACGAAACGUGAGGUGGCGGCCACUGCUGUCAAACCAAAAAAACUUGAAGUCUCGACUACUUUGGCUGGCGGCGUGGCAGAAGGCGGCGAAAACGAGAGCAACAUCAAAGUGCCAGAGCCAAACAUCGAGCCCGUGGAGGAGGAAUGGAAAGAGUUUGAGCAGGAGCAACGCAAGGAUUACAGUGGUUUAAAAAUUGGUCAACUGACCAUCUCUGAUAAGCAACAGCAGCAGCAGCAGCAACAACAGCAACAGCAAUCUGAUGAUAUUUACGAUGAGGAUGAUGACGAUAGCGAUGGCUACGGCAAUGGAGAUCAAAAUAGCAAACGAAGCGGAUUUGGUCCCUGGAAGAAAUUAAUACCCGCAGAGGAGGUGACUCAAAUACCGGUGCCGGUGGAAACAGAGAAGUCAUCGUCCAAAAUGUACAUUUCACCCGCGUUACGUGCUGCCCAAGCUGGCAGCGGGAUGGGCCUCGGCGGCAGCAGCGGUGGCCUGCGUACGAGGCGCGCGGCGCCUGAUAUCACCAACACGGAGUUCUUCCCGACGCUGAGCGCAGCCCGGCCGGAGGAACAGCGCAAAAAGAAAAACGAACCCGCCUUCGAAGAAGUCCGACACGGCGGUCGCUACCAGCGAGUGCAGGAGACAACCGCUGCGCCCGUUGCAGCCACCAAUCGAUUCCAGUCGCUCGAUGAUGAGGCCGACAGCUAGGCCAUGUCCAUGCCAACGAUCACGAUGCCGACAAACCACAAGCAACAAACAAACAGCAAAAAUUUACCGUUUUCAUCUUAUGUGCUACACUCAAGCUAGAAGCUUGAUCUAAUCUGAUUUGGAGCUAUAGCAAAACAGAAAACACAAACAAAAGUUUAUUACGAGUUCUGCAUGCAUAAUUGUAAACACUUUUUUAGGCUUUUCGAUUAACCCUUUACCAUUUAACCGAAAAAUAAGAGAAAUAUUGUUCA